CGCAUCCCACCAGCAACCGUUUCCCACCAAAAAACUCGAUUCUCUCGAGUCCGAUCGAGUCCACCGCUCCGGCCGUGUCCAUGGCCGCCUCCUCCUCCACCGCCACAGCGUCAUCCAUGUCCGGAUCCAACGGAGGAGGAGGAGGGAGCGUGUUCCCUGGCCCUCCUCCGCCGACGCCGUCGAACCACCACGCGCUCCCGUCCUCGUCCGGCGCCGCUGGUGGUGGUGGUGGGGGCACGGACGCCGCGCUCUCGACGAUCCUCCACCGCCUGUUCAUGUCCUCUCCGGCCCCGAUCCUCCGCUCCCCGAUGUCCUCUCGCUCCAGGGCCCCGCCGUCGCUGCCGCCUCUCGUUUCGCUCGAGCCCACCGACGGCCCACGCCCGCUUCUCGACGCCGGCGACGUGGGGUACUUCCACCUCGAGGGACACGGCGUCCCCUCCCAGCUUCCGUCCUCCGCGCUCGCCGAGCUCUCCCUCGUCGACGCCGACGCGCCCGCACGCCGCGUGUCUAACCUCCUCACGCUCGGUUUCUCGGAGGAGGAGCUGCAGGAAGCGGGCGGCGGCGCCGAGGAACCCUCCCUGGUGUUCGACGUCGAUGACGAGGGGGAGAUGGACGCGCUCCCAGCCGCGGCGGAGUACGCGCGGCGGAUGCGAGACGUGGGAAUGAAGGUGGUGGCGCUCAUGUUCGGGUGCCCCGAAGUGGGCUUCGGGAAGGAGCCGUUCGCCGAAGGGAGGAGGAAGGCGAGGUGCUUGAUGUGGGUCUCCAAGGUCGCCGCUGGCGAGGCGGCGCCUCCGGCCGCCGGGAAGGCGAAGGCGUACCCGUACGUCGUGGGGCUCCACUGCCAGUGGGAAGCAUCCGGGCAGGAGACGGCGCCGGCGAGCUGGGUGAUGAACGACCGCGGCGAGUGGACGGCCGUAGGCGCGCGCGACGGCGCUCUCCUAGUCACCAUCGGCGACAUUGCUCAGGUGUGGAGCAAUGGAAAGCUGAAGAAAGUGAGAGGGAUGGCUCGCCCCGUUUCUUCUCCACCCGGAGCAGGGCACGGCGCAGAGGUUGACCGCUUGUCAGUCACCGUGCUGAUCACUCUCCCAUUGGACAGUGUCAUCUCGCCAUUGGUCCCGGUCAUCGAUGCCGCCAGAGAAGAGGGUCGCGACGACGAGGAAGAUGGAGCCGGCGACGACGAGGAUGGGUGGAGGUUUCACUCGUUUUUACUCGAGGACCUUGCGUGGAGGAUCUAUCACGAGCGGCUUCAGUUCAAGGACCCGCUGGUCCGGUACCGGAUAUAAGAUUUAUCCAUGGCCGUUGGCUUAAUUUGUUACAUAGCUUUUGUUUGUUUGGUGUGUGGAUUGGGUUUGUGAUGCUACUAUUGGAGUGGUUUGAGCAAGAAAGAAUCGUAUCUCUUGUGAAGAAUACACGAACUGAGCCGGAAAACAGCUCGUUUCGUGAUGCUGCUGGACUAAUGAUCCUC